AUGACGCAAGAACUAGGGCCAACGGUGGGCCUUGUUGAACGCUCCAGAGCCAUCCCUGCGACACUCUGGGGUUCGACUGACAGGGAGAGGAUUGGAGUCAUCAGUGAACGGGAUGCAAAUAAUACUAUGGGCCGUUUCAAAUGUUUUGAUUUUCGCUGGUUUAAAGUUCUAGGGCCCAUUUCACGGAAGGCGAAAAGCUUCCACCAACCAUGGGAGCUACAAGAAACGCCCUCCGCAUCGCGAUUAUGGUUCGAGCUUUUCAUCGUAAAUCCCGCCUUUUGUGCCGGAAAAUGGGGCAUAGAUGAAAUACAUCCUUCUACAGAACAGAAAUUUUCCGCCGGAGAUGGCGUCAGCAUUGAUGUCAAGAUCCGAUGCGGCUUUCAAGCUUAUCCAUGGGGUACUGAAGAUGAGAUUUCUCAAGCUGCUGGGGGAAAUGGCGCUAAAAGCGUUACAGGAACUGUCAUUUUGUUUCCCAUCGAGUUCAAUGAGGAAUAUCUUCAGAUGAGCCCGCUAUUCAUGGAAAGUGGUAAUGGUUCGGGAGAAGAGAGCAAUUAUUGGGAAACCAGUUACGGCAUCUUCCGCAAAUGGGGAAUAGAAAAAGAAGGCCUUUCUCUCAAUGAUGGCAUGAAUGCUCAGACAAAUAUGUAUGACACACCUGAACUUGAAGCGGUUAUGAGGAUUACCAGGAGAUUGAAGCUCAGGAAUAAGUUGGUCUUUGACUAUGGAUAUUCUCUUAUCUGGCUAUUCUGCGAGGCUUGA